AUGUUCAUGUACGGAAAUUAUGCCGCGUCCUCAACCGAUCACGAAGGCUCCUUGAAGUUUACCGAAGGCGAAGAGUACAUGCACACAAACAUUGGGAUAUCCGUGUACCCCGGAGACGAACCAUUUCGUUUCGAUUUGUCCCACAGCACCUACGAAAUCGACUCCCAAUGCUUCAAUUUCCUGUGCCAUCGCAACUUAUCCAUCGUAACUGCCUUGGCAAAACCAGAAAAUGCUGCCUCAAGAGUGAGUACUUUGGAUUCACAACCAAGCAAUGAAGGGGAUAUCUUUACGAAGAAGUCACGUGGACCUCAAGUCGAAUCCUCCGGUUAUUUGAUAUUUGAAGCUCGCGCCACCCGGACGUUCGGGCGGUCGAGUUUGAAGUGGUUGUCGUAUGGUGAGCUGAAUGCGCAGGCCGACACGUUGGCUUGCGAGCUGGCUGCGUUGGGGGUGUGCGUGGGGAGUCGCGUGGCUGUGGUGAUGGAGCGUUGUUUGGAGAUUCUGGUUGGACUGCUGGCCGUGCUAAAAGUGGGCGCCACCAUGAUGCCAGUGGAUGCGACAUUUCCUCAAAAGCGAAUUGUCCACAUGUUGAAGGACGCUGGAGCAACUCUCGUCGUAUCGGCAGGAGGUUUUAUUGAUAUGGCUAGAUCCGGCAACUCAAUCGAUCGGCGUGACGUGGACGUGCGAGACAUUGGCCGUCAGACGUCGUUCUUCGCCCUGGGCGGGGACUCGAUUUCCGUCAUCCGUGUCGUGGCUACGCGCAAGAAUGCUGGCAUGUAUUUCCCCGCCGCAACUGCGACGAACUCGGACGAGUUGGAAGUCGUCCCGGUCGUGCGUCCUCCAGACAACGAGGCCCGCGACCACAAGUACGUGUUUGUUAUGGUCGUCGAACCCACGUCGAAUGGGCAACUCGACCUCGUUGGUGGCGUCGACCGUGUCACAUUGACUACCGCUCAGGUGCUCGUCGUACUCCAAGACGACCGCUCGACAUUGAUCCACAUCGAAGCACUCGAUGCCGCAUAG